CGCACUUCCCCUCCACACUUCUAUUCUGCUCAUCUGAAGCUGGAGGACGUGUGAGGACUGCAGCAGAGAAACAUGGACGGCCGGGCUUUGCUUCUGAUUCUACUUCUGAAAUUCAGCUGUGUGUAUGGUUUCCUCGUCAUGCUGACCCCCCAGAUGUUGUGCCUGACAAAACAAAGUCAGGUCGUCGUCCUGGGAAGGUGUGACGUUACGGACCCUGCCCGUCACUGGGCAUGGACAGACGGGGCCAGGUUGAUCCACGUUCAGUCCUCCAGGUGUCUCUGGGCCAGUCCCAGCCCUCAAAUACUGCUCCACACCCACCUCGCCAAACUCAGCCACUGCGGCACAGCGCCGGCGUGGAGCUGCUACGGCACGGAUGGAGCGUUUGGAUUGGCUGAGACACACAUGUACCUGGAGAAAAGGGGGUCACGGGUGGUGGUCGGAGGAAACCUGACUUCAGACUGGAAGAAGUAUGACGUGGACUCAGGAGGGAAUCAGCUGAUGACGUCUUUAUGUCCUGAGACAGGCUCCACCCCGCUCUCCACCAUCUUUUAUUCCUCCACACAUAAACCUCUGGGACUCAGCAGCACCAUCGACACCAUCAGAAGUUCUGCAGUAACUGUGAAUACAGUGAAAACCCACAGAGUCUCCAGACAGGUCACCACCUCCCGGGUCCACAGUGCAAUAACUGACAGAGCUUCGACGUAUGAGGACGACGUCACCGAAGCUCGGACCAGGAAGUUGGUCACAGCAGAUUUAAAUCCUGACCUUUCAACCUCAGCCGCAGAGCUGUUGGCUUUAGAUCGCAGCCGCAUCGUCUCGUCCAGCGCAGACAUGUUCACCACCGACCAAUCGACAGACACAGUAGAGAGUUCAUCAGCUGGAAGCGUCCCUGAGCUCAGGACUGAGGCCGCGACGUCGUCGGUGCACCAACAGGUUUCUGCCACGUCCUCUUCAUCAACUGGAAACGAGCCGGCGUCACCUGAGAGCAGCGCUGUGACUCUGGUUUCCUCCACAGGAAGCUCUGAGGACACGACUGACACCGGAUCCACAGCUAGGGUCAGUUCAUCUGCUGUUUCUGACACCGAGUCCAACCAACCGGAGACUUUGGCAACACAUCCAACCACUGAGGAGAAAACCAGCGUUUCACCUGCAGCCGCCACAGCUACACCUCCACCUGCCACUGCUCAUCCCCCUUCAACAGGAGAACCGACGUCCAUCACGGAGACAGAUCCACCACCCACGCCCCGAGCCCUGCCUCCCACUUCCCAAACCUCACCUGCAGCGUCAGUUACCAUGGCGCUGCAGACGGCCUCCACAGUUUAUCCAGAGAGCGCAGCGAGCGCCACAACUCAACCAGCUCCAUCAGCAUCUCCAACAGCCGGGGCGGUGUCUACAGGAAGGAUCACCAGUUCAGGACCAAUGGUCCCAUCCACGAGUCCGGCAACCAUGACCAAAACUCCCGCCAUGCCUGUAACCACACCUGUAACCACACCUAUAACCACACCUAUAACCACACCUAAUAACACACCUGUAACCACACCUAUUAACGCACCUGUAACCACACCUGUAACCACACCUAUAACCACACCUAUAACCACACCUAUUAACACACCUGUAACCACACCUAUUAACGCACCUGUAACCAAACCUAUAACCACACCUAUUAACACGCCUGUAACCACACCUGUAACCACACCUAUUAACACGCCUGUAACCACACCUGUAACCACACCUAUUAACACACUUGUAACCACACCUAUAACCACACCUACAAACACAUCUGCUACCACAGUUAUAUCCACCCCAACCACUGCAACCACAGACACUAAAACCACAACAACCACAUGGACUGCAACAGCCCCCACUACCACCGACACUGUGACAACUGCCAUCCAAACCACCGCCACAGCCAGUGCAACCACCCCUGCAGCUCCAGCAAUAACUGCAACCACGGGUCCUCCUCCGGCAACAACCAAGCUUCAGACCUGGACUCCAGAGUCAACCACAGCUGCUCCUGUUCCCACCUCUGCCGUUUCCCGCUGCUCGGUGAACGUGACGCAGGUCGACGCCGGUUCAGACGCGGCUCUGGUGACGUUAACCACCGGCGGGCUGUCCUGUAACUUCAGCCUGGUUAUUGAGGGGGGCUCCCGGGCCGAGUCCACCUACUGUGACCCGUACGGUGAGACCGGGACCGGCUUCGUCUGUCGGGUCAUGGGUCUGGAACCCGGGACUUUGUACCGGUUUACGGUGAUUUCCAGGACAGAUGGAGAGAGGAGCAGCGCGUCAGUGUGCACAGACCCUGCCAGUCCGGCUCGUCUGGAGGUCCAGCUGGACCAGGCUCAGUAUAAAACCCUGUCUGCGGUCCACACCGAUUCUUCAGGUCUGAGGGUGUUCUGGUCUCGCUCUGCUGGCCAUGUGGACUGGUAUGAUCUGACUCUGGAGGACACCAGCUCCAGAUCCGUCCGCAGUACCAGAGUCAUGGGCUCCGCAGUCCCCCAGUCUGGUUUCAGCUCCCUGGUCCCCGGUACUCUGUACACAGUCAGCGUGGUGGCUACUGCAGGAAACAAGAGCGCUGCACCUGUCCACACCACGGCAGCUACAGCUCCCUCCUCUGUCCGUGGCCUCCAAGUGGCGUCCUCGUCCUCAGACAGCCUCAGGGUGUCCUGGCAGGUGGGUCCGGGUAGAACAGAGCGGUUCAGGGUUCUGCUGACGGAUCCUGAAGGGGUUCUGCUGAAGAACGUCACUCUAAAAAACAUGGCGACCUCCAUCGAGCUGGAUGGCCUGCAGCCGGGGACCCCGUACACCGUCACCGUGGUAACGGAGGCCGUCGGCCUGCAGAGCUCUGCUUCCGAACAGGCUGUCACAGUCCCGGCAGCAGUCACAGAUCUGAGGCUGGACAACAACGGCAGCUCAGACCGUCUGCUGGCGUCCUGGGUGUCACCUGGAGGGGGCGUGGACGUCUACCUGGUGACCCUAUCGGCUCCUGGAUCGGCCCCACAGUGGCACCGCUUACCUCCCAAUGUAACUCGGGUGGUCUUUAAGAGUCUGACUCCCGGUCGCAUGUAUCAGCUGUCAGUCAAGACCACAGCUGGAGGACAGAGUACAGAGACCAGGACCAGAGAGAGGACAGUGCCUGACCAGGUGUCAGCUCUCCAAAUGUCUCCUGGCGGGGACGGCAAGACACUGAGUCUCAGCUGGAUGCCCCCCUCUGGUGACUGGGAGAACUACAGCGUCCUGCUCAGAAACGGGUCGGUGGUUCUGGUGAACGAGACGGUCGAUAAACCGGGAAGACAGCUCACCUUCUCCAGCCUCAGCCUCGGUCUGGUGCCGGGACGACUCUACAGGGCAGAGGUCACGGUUCACAGUGGCAUUCUGGGUAAUACGGUGCAGUGCCACGGACGACUGGCUCCUCGUCCCGUGCAGCAGCUACUCGUCCGUCACACUGAUGAACGCUCUCUCAGCGUCCUGUGGAGCCGACCGGUUGGAGAGUGGGAUGGAUUCACCGCGCUCCUCAGACAGGAACACCCCGCCAUCGUGGCGGCUCAGAGGAUCCUCCCCGCAGAGUCCAGAGAGUGCACCUUCGGUGUCCUCACCUCAGGACGCUGCUACACUGUCACUGUGACGACCAACAGCGGAAACCUGAGCAGCUCUGCCUCUGUGACAGCGUGGACCACUCCGGCUCAGGUCAGCAGGCUGCAGGUUUCUAACCUUGGCAGCACCGACACCCUGCAGGCUCAGUGGGAACCAGCCUCUGGAGACCUGGACUCUUAUCAGGUCCUGCUGGUCCACGACAGCAUUGUCAUCAAGAACGAGAGCGUGGAGGCCGACGCCACCAGCACGAGUUUCCUGUCCCUGAGACCCGGAGCUCUGUACAAGGUGGUGUUAACCACCGUCAGAGCGGGACACACCUCCAGACAGACGGUGGCAGAGGGACGCACCGUCCCGGCUGCAGUCGGCGAGGUAACGGUCAGCAAUAACGGUCGCAUGGACUUCCUCAGCGUGUCGUGGCGUCCGGCCGCAGGUGAGGUCGACAGUUACCUUGUGAGCCUGAGGGACCGGGAGAAGCCCGUUCACACUCUGGCUGUUUCCAAAUCCAGUCCAGAGUGUGUGUUUAACUCCCUGGUGUCCGGACGCCUCUACAACAUCUCCAUCACAUCGCGCAGCGGCAGCUUCCAGAACGACACCUUCGUCCAGGAGAGGACGCAGCCCUCAAAGGUCCAGAACCCGACAGCGACCCACGCUGCGCGUGACGACUACCUGAAGGUUUACUGGCGUCACGCGGCCGGAGACUUUGACUUCUACCAGGUGUUCAUCAAACACAACAACGUGUUCCUGCAGAACCAGACGGUGCGGAAGACGCAGAACGAGUGUGUGUUUCACGGUCUUGUGCCCGGCAGACUCUACACGGUGCUGGUGAACACCCGGAGCGGGAAGUACGAAGCCAGCACCUCCACCCACGGCAGGACCUUCCCAGCCCCGGUCCGGUCCCUGGUCCUGGCCGGGCGGGGCACCGAGGACCUGAGGGUGAUGUGGUCGGCCGCCCCAGGUGACGUGGAUCACUACGAGGUGCAGCUGCUCUUCAACGACAUGAAGGUGUUUCCUCCGAUCACUCUGGGCAGCGGCGUGGGGGAGUGUCUCCUGUCCUCGCUCACACCGGGACGCCUGUACAAGAUCCUGGUUUCAACCUUCAGCGGCCCCAACCAGAGAGCCCAGUUUAUCGAGGGCCGCACAGUUCCCAGUAAAGUGAAGAACAUCCACGUCAGUAACGGCGGAGACAGCAGCAGUCUGAAGGUGAGCUGGACUCCAGGUCAGGGCGACGUGGACGGAUACUCCGUGUUUCUGUUCAGAGAGAGCAGACAGCUGGACGUCCGACGUGUCCUCAAACACCAGAACGAGGUGACCUUUGGCUCCCUGCAGCCCGGGCAGCUGUACAGCGUGACGGUUCAGUCUGUGAGCGGAGAGCUGGUCGACAACAACACCGCCUCAGGACGCACAGUCCCCUCAGCAGUGACAGGGCUCCAGGUGGACAACCUCCACACCACCUGCAGCCUCCAGGUGAGCUGGCAGGAAGCUCUGGGUGUGGCUGAUGGAUACAUCCUUCAGGUGCUGGACGACAGAGGCAGUCUGGUGACAAACUCCUCCCAGCCCUUUGGAUACACCAGGUACCGGUUCGAUGGCCUCACCCCAGGGAAGAAGUACCGAUUCCUUGUCCAGACCACCAGCGGGGGCGUCCACAGUCCGGGGGUCAGCGCUGAAGCUCGGACACGCCCUGCAGCUGUCACCGGCCUGUCCAUUAAAACCAACACCACCACCAGUCUGUCCUUCCUCUGGUCUCCACCGGAGGGAGAGUUUGACUUUUAUCAGAUCUUCUUGUAUAAAAGCGAUGACUCGCUGCAGGAGAGACGGCGUGUCCAGUCCAGCAGUCAGCAGUGCUCCUUCCAGGGUCUCAGACCUGGAGCGCUGUACAAGAUGGUGGUACAGAGCCUGAGCGGAGAGCAGACCAACCAGUCCUCCAUCGCUGUCAGAACAGUCCCAGCAGCCGUGCUGUCGCUCAGGGCUCGGAGUGGAAACCAGUCUGAUGCCCUGUGGGUGAACUGGGAACACGGCGGUGGUGAUCUGAGCGGAUACCUGCUGUCUCUCUACAACCCUGAUGGUUCCCAGCGGGCUGAGCGGCAGCUGGGGUCAGAGGUCACGGAAUUCGCCUUCUCAGACCUGGUCCCGGGUCGACUGUACCGAGCCGAGCUGCUGAGUCUGAGCGGGGAGCUCAGCAGCAGAGCCGGCACUGUGGGCCGGACAGCACCCAGACCUCCAACCUCCUUCCUGUUCGGGGGGGUCACCAACACCUCCCUGGAGAUCACGUGGAGCGGUCCCGUGGACUCCGACUACGACGACUUUGACCUGAAGUGGUCUCCUGGGGACCAGCUGUCUGUCAUCAACCCAUAUCACAGCCGCCCGUCCGGCAGCCGCAUUCUGACGGGGAUGUUCCCCGGACGACUUUACACCUUCAGUCUUCGCACCGUCAGCGGGGCCACGGAGCGCGGUGCCACGCCCACCUACAGCACGCCCAUCUACAACAGCAUCCGAACCAAGCCGGAGCGAGUCCACAACCUCCACUGUCACCCGCAGAGCUCCACCUCCAUCUCCUGCUCCUGGACGCCGCCUGCAGCUGACUACGACUCCUACACCAUCGAGUGUCUCCACCAGGACUCCCAGACGCUGGUCUACUCCAGACGCACCGGCCGAAACUCCACCGCCUACGUCAUCGCCCAGCUGGAACCCCACAAACGGUACACCGUCUCUGUGAAGGUGAUCUCGGACAGGACGACCAGCGAGGAGGCUCAGGACGGCGUGGUCACCAUGAUUGACCGUCCUCCAGUGCCCCCCCUCAGUGUCCGGGUCAGCGCUAAGCCUGAAGGGGUCACCAAAUCCUCCAUCGUCUUCAAGUUUAACUGCAGCUGGUUCAGCGACGUCAACGGAGCCAUCAGGUUCUUCACUGUGGUGGUGACUGAGUCCGAAGGUGUGGAUAACAUUCAGCCGAGGCAGCAGCACCCUCUGCCCUCCUACCUGGACUACAGAUCCAACAGCUCCAUCAAGUCCUACCAGACCAGUUACUUCCACAGUUACUGCAACCAGGGCCCCGACAGCUCCCACAGCUUUGAGAUCAGCGUGGGGACGGGGAUGGAGUCCCUGGGGGGGACCUGUGACCACAGACACACGGACCCAGAGACCAGCAGAGACCUGAACCGGUUCUGUGAUGGACCACUGAAACCCAAAACUGCCUACAGACUCAGUGUUCGAGCGUUCACUCAGCUGUUUGACGAGGAGAAGAACGGCGUCCCCGUCUCAUCUCCUCUGUACGCCGACACGUACCUGUCCGUCCCCGUGGUCACCGAGGCCGAGCCUCUGAGCGGUGUGAUCGAAGGCGUCAGCGCCGGGAUGUUCCUCAUCGUCAUGAUGGUGGGAGUCACCGCUCUGCUCGUCUGCAGACACAAGGCUCGCAAAGUUGUGGAGGAGAGAGCGGUGGUCAGGAUGAGUGUGAGGAGAGAGAGAAGGACAUCAGGACUUCACCUGGGGGUCAGAGGCAGCCGUCGCAUCUCCAGUCCCAUCAAGAUCAUGAACUUUGAGUCUCACUACAAUAAACUUCAGGCCGACUCCAACUAUCUGCUGUCAGAGGAGUACGAGGAUCUGAAGGACGUCGGUCGUAACCAGCCUCUGGACUCGGCUCUGUUGCCGGAGAACCGGGGGAAGAACCGAUACAACAACAUCCUGCCCUACGACUCGACCAGGGUGAAGCUGUCCUACGUGGAUGAUGAUCCCUGCUCCGACUACAUCAACGCCAGCUACAUCCCUGGUAAUAACUUCCGUCGGGAGUACAUCGCCACACAGGGUCCUCUGCCGGGAACAAAAGACGAUUUCUGGAAGAUGGUUUGGGAGCAGAACGUCCACAACAUCGUGAUGGUCACUCAGUGUGUGGAGAAAGGAAGGGUGAAGUGUGAUCACUACUGGCCCUCCGACCAGGAUCCUCUGUACUAUGGAGAUCUGAUCGUCCAGAUGUUGUCAGAGUCUGUCCUCCCUGAGUGGACCAUCCGAGAGUUCAACAUCUGCAGCGAGGAGCAGCUGAGCUUCACCCGCCUGGUUCGUCAGUUUCACUACACGGUGUGGCCUGAUCACGGAGUCCCAGAGACCACCCAGUCCCUCGUCCAGUUUGUCCGAACUGUCAGGGACUACGUCAACAGGACUCCUGGAUCUGGACCCACUGUGGUCCACUGCAGUGCUGGUGUGGGUCGCACAGGGACCUUCAUCGUUCUGGACCGAGUGCUGCAGCAGCUGGACAGCAAGGACACUCUGGAUAUCUACGGCUCCGUCUUUGACCUGAGACUUCACCGAUCACACAUGGUGCAGACCGAGUGUCAGUAUGCGUACCUCCAUCAGUGUGUCCGAGAUGUCCUGAGGGCCCGAAAGCUCCGCAGCGAGCAGGAGAACCUCCUCUACCCCAUCUACGAGAACGUGAGCUUCAGCGCCCAGAGAGAGAUGCUGUGCACCAGACGUUAAAGACUGUAAAGACUUCUGAGAUUUGUUGAGCGCCACAGGGAAACAUGGCAAUUCUAUUUUUCUAUGACAGUUUAGAAAGAAUGGAGGUUCUCAGACAGAGAGAGCUCUGAUUAUUUAUGGAACCUGACAGAUUAAUGUCACAGGACUGUACAUAAACCUGCAUCAUAUCCGUCAGUGUUUGUAUAUAUUUUGCCCAAAUACUUCUGUAACAGCUGCUUUUGAAAUGAUGUAUUGUCCAUAUGUUUUAUAUGCUGUAACGUGCACAUGCUUCUGUAAACAGUGCUGAUGCACACCCAGUUUUUCAGAGGGUGAUUCAUGCUGAGUCAGAACGCAGUGACUGUGUUCGUAUCCCAGAACCAGGAAUCUGCUGCUUCUGUGUUUCCGUUCAGACAAACGGCUUCAUGUAUGUUGUCCAGGGGGACCAGGGGCCCCGAGGAGUCAGGGGCCCCAAAGGCAGAGCCUCUGUAUGAGGGGAGUGUUAAGAGCCCAGUCAAAUGUAGGGAUGUCCUGGUCUGGUUUCGGUAACAGCAGAGCAGCUGUGUUAGUUUGCUGUAAUAUUCACACAGUUUGAAAUAAAAAAGAGAAAGAAUCAGAAGAAAAACUCAUCUUAAAUACAGAAACACAGAUCGAACAGUCGAAUGAAGGCUGCUGCAGCGUCAGAGUCAGAGUCAGAGCUGAAUGCAUCGCCUCCACUUUGUAAUAAACUCUGACAGAAAGGUUUGAAACCCUGAUGUAACAGAGGUGGACUUUAGUUCAGAUGUAUGGAGCCUGACAGGUGAAAGCAUCCUCUCUGCCUGGAUCUGAUGUGGCAGAUAUUAUUUAUAAUAUUUAAACAGCUUACAUGCAGAGAGCUGCACACCCUCCUCUAAGGCUCUGCCUGAACAUGAUCUGUGAUCAAACCUGACGACAGUCAGAGUGAUACAGCUCAGGCACAGACAGGUUCCUAAAGAGCAUCAACAGAAAUAUAAAAUGAAGGAGAAGAGACUGUUUAAAAUGAGUUUGGCCACAAAUCUGUCGUCUGCUCACACUGGGGGGUGGGGGGGGGGGGGGGGGGGGGGGCAUCGCCUGUAGGCACCAGUGUUCUGACCUGAUAUUUAGAGUUUUUGAUUUUGUUAUAUUUAUUGGCAGCCAGGGCAGGAACUUAUUUAUUCAUUAAAAAAACCUUUCAGAGCAGAAGAGUCGCCACUGAUGGCUCAACCUGAAACUAGGAAAGUGAGGCUCACAGAGAUAAGAUUUUACAAACUGAAUUCUCCGGCUGAAAAUCUAAACAUCCUCGUGUUAUACAGGGUGUGAUGGAUUAGAAGACGCCUGUUCUCUUCUAAUCCAUCGUGUUUUCUUCACACAGAAACAGACGUGAAACUCCUGACAGCUGAGUUUCACAGCUGGAAUGUUUCCCUGUGACAGAUAAUAUUCAUAAAACAAAGUUUGGACAAAUCAUCCUUGAGUAUUAUUUAUUAAAGGUUUAACACUUAAAAUCCAGUUAAUCUGCUUCUUCAGACACAAAUGUCUGAUGUAAAAUAACCAAAACUCUUCUACACGUUCAUGUAGAGCUUCAUCACUCAUAAGAAAAAGCUUUUCAGGGCCUUUAAUCUUCAUCAGAGUCUGUUCAUGUUGUAUUGCUCUGUAGCCAUGGCAGCAAAAGGUAAAAAUAUUUCUAAUCAUAACAGUAUGUAAGAUAUUUUAAGUGCAUUUUGUAUUUUUUUUUGAGCUGUCCUUCACUCUGUGGCAUCUCACUCUGUGAGAGCAGUUCAAUAAACAGACACAGAAAUAUUGUAUUUCUCUGAUUAUUCAUCCAUUAUCAAUACGAACCUGCUGCAACAUGACGCUAAACUCACCGAGAAGGAAUUCUUCAUGACAGUCAGACACACAACCACACAGUCAGGCACACAACCACACAGUCAGACACACAACCACACAGUCAGAGGUGGAGGAAGCACUCACAUCCUUUACCUCAGAGAAAGUACCAGGACCACACUGUAAAAAUACUCCCACAUGAGUAAAGGCCCUGCAUUCAAAACUCAGAGUAAAGUGU